AUGGCAAGCAAAGUAAAAACUCUUCUGGUGUUAGCUGCACCAUCGAUAAAAUCCAAGUAUUAUUCAGAGAAAUUCGCGGAUAUCAUCGAGUUUAUGACAAACUUUGCUAAAUUUGCUGAUGGAAAAGAUGAUUUGAUCAUUCUUGCCGAUACGGAUACUCUUCCAUCUUUCCAAGGAAAGAUCGAUCCAAACAAGUUAAUCGAAGCGCAGAUUGAUGAUAUAUGGAUUCGUGACUUUUCUCCAGCAAUACCUGCUCGGCAAAUCAAAUUCAAAUAUGCACCAUCAUAUAUAAAGCGGUCGGAUUCAACUCAUGUUGAAAACAGUUUUCUUCGUUGGUGUUCAAAACAUGCUAUUCAUUUUUCUGAAAAAUCCGAUAUUAUUCUCGAUGCAGGAAAUAUCGUCGAUAAUCCAUCCGGAACGCGAGUGAUUAUCACUGAUCGUGUCCUCCAAGACAAUCCGUCGCUAACAAAAGCUAGUGCGAAAGAAAAACUUCGACAAAUACUUGGUGUGAAUGAAAUUGCCAUUAUCAAACAAUUGCCCGGUGAUACAACUGGACAUGCAGAUGGAAUGGUUAUGUGGGCCACUGAUGAUCGGAUCUUAUUUGCAAGUGAAACUGAACCAUUAAAUUCGGAAAUUAUCAAUGAAUUAAAAGCUUCAUUUCCCAAUGUCGAAAUUAUCGAGACUCCGAAUUAUUUUGUCGAUGAAACCUGGAAAAAUUUCACUACAGCUCGCAAUGUUUAUGUCAAUUCAAUUGUCACUGACCAUUACAUUUAUAUGCCGACGUUCAAUAGCAAACAUGACGAUGAAAUGUUGAAACAAUUUCAGUCGUAUACGGACAAAUCUGUCGUCGCAGUACCGGCUGAGAACGUUUGCAUGAUGGGAGGGAGCAUUCGAUGUCUAACUUGGCAAGUGAAAGAUUCGAUUCGAAUGAAAAUUUUACCACCGCCUACGUCGUGA